AUGAGCGAUUCCAUGAAGGAAGUUGUCGAGUCGCUCGACCCCGUCUCCAGACGGCUCGUCCCUCCCAACAUCGACUUAGGAGCCCUAGUACCACUCAAGACCACACUCGAACUGCGAGACAACCUCUCCUUAGGUCUCGCCUAUGUCACGCGAGCCCCAACCAGACUUACCAAUGACAUUGUGACGAUUGCUCGAGCCUUGGCCGGUGACGAUGCGGCUAAGAACCUUCCUCAUCUGCGCCGCUGCUCGAAACCCUCAGACCUGCCUCCCCACCUCAAGUCAGAAUUCAUGAACGAAGGAAACGGUAGAGCGAUACAUACUGGAAAGUCCAAUUGGCUCUACAUUCUGCUGGGCCCGAAGGAUGAGAUGCCGUACGAUGAACUGUUGAGAGGUCUCGUCAAUGUUGAUGGCAUUAGGGAUGACAUCUUCAUCGGGAUCAUUCCAGUUCCGCUACUGGCACCUACCUCCCAGGUCCAGGCCAACAUGUGGUCACAGCAGUUCUGGCAGACUGUCUACCGCAAGAACAACCCCUUAGGCCCCCAUCCUAGCAACAUUUGUCGCACUACAUCCGUGGUUUCCCGUGAUGCCUCCAUCUGGAUGACCCUCGCCCACCAGAUCGCCAAGAAGUCCCAGAAAGCUGGGUUCGGAGAACCUAUUGGCGCUGUCAUCAUCAAGCGAACAGUCCCGGGAAAAUCUGAAGCCGCGAGAGGCUCAGGCUCGAAGGAAGACUUCGCAAAGGCAGAUGAGGCUGCGACCAUUUCAACCAGCCUUGAGCUCAUGAAUGGAGAUGGUGCCACAGGCGAUACCACAACUACAGACAGCGACAGUCUUGACAAUGUUCCCAUUGAACACGUCGCUGCCGAGACAAAUAUGACUAUCCCAGAGACCACAAACGGCGUAGAAGGCAGCAACACAUACGAAGAUUCAACCAAGCCAGACUCCCACGAGUCAGAUACAUCUGCACUAGAUCCCGAGGCAAAAGAGACAACACAGAUCGUCGCGAUUGCAGCCGAUGCUCGCUGGCAUCAGCAGACGAAGACUGGCCAAACUGGGAACCCGAUGGCCCACGCUGCAUUGAGAGCCAUCAGUAUGGUGGCACAGAAGCUGGUCAGAGCCGAGGACCGGGCAAAAUCCGAGCCAGGCAUCAUGGACUUCGAGACAUUCCAAGAUAAGCCCCUACUUCAGGACGAAGCUCUGGUCUUCGAGGCAGAGCACCCGUGCCCCGAUGGCUACCUGUGUCACGAACUUGAGCUGUACUUGACUCACGAGCCUUGCACCAUGUGCGCCAUGGCAAUCUUGCAUUCGCGAAUGGGUCGGAUCGUCUUUCGUCACCGUAUGCCGUUGACAGGCGGCAUGAGCUCAGAAGACCGCGGCCACGACUUGUGCGGUGCGUCUGAGCUGUGUGACCGUGGCCCCUGUGGCGGAGGUCAAGGCCUCGGGCUUCACUGGCGCAAGGAGCUGAACUGGAGCAUGUUGGGAUGGGAGUGGGAGACAGACGACGUCGAGCGCUUGACAGUUGACCCGCAUCUGCAUGCAUGA